AUGGACACCAUCCUCGAUCGGUUCCUCACUUACUUCGAAGACUACAGGGUGUUAUUUGGCGCUGAACCCUUCUGUUGGCCAGAUCAAUCAUUGGCGAUUGAAUAUCCGGUGGUGGAAUUCGGGAAGAGAGAACGAAUCAUAGGUGUUUGUUCAGGUAUCUUGAUUCUGGUCUGUUCGUGUGGCUAUGCAAAAGAGAUUUAUCAAAUGAUCACUCUGAAAGAAGUUGCUGAUGGCGAUGAUGACCAACUAUACUACACGAUGGUUUACCUUGAUGAAAAGCUAAGGGUGCUGUAUGGUGUCGUACCUCCAUUGGGUAGCACGCCGAAUACACAAUUCGCUAAUUCCGCCCGUUUUGACCCAUCUAACAUAUAA